UCACCUCAACAAAUCAUCCCUUUCUAACUAUUCCUUCCACCUCUCUUCUUCUUCUUCUUCUUUCAUCUUAAUUCUCUGCCAAUUACAUAAUCCCUUCACCCAUUUUAUACCAUGAGCGCAGCUUGACAAGAAACUAACCAGCCACCAUGCUCAAGACACUCAGUCCUUACUCUACAACAGCAAAAACUGCUGAAAUCAUGUCUAGGUACAGGCCCAUUGCACCAAAGCCUGAGCCUCCUGCCAACUCUUUGGGUGAAAGCUCUUCAAUGUCUCAGAAAAUUAGGCAAUCUCCUUACCUUAGGAAUCUCUGGCCUCAGUUGCAAGCCAGGCCCACUAGAACAAGAAAGAGAGGGAGAGCUGCUAUUUCUCCUCCUACCAUCAAAAGACCAAGAACAACUCAUUUUCUUGGUCUUUCCUCUCCUGGUCAUUUAAUAACCUCUGCUAGAGAUCUCUCCUUGCGGGGUUUUGCUCAUGGGAUUUCUCAGCUUCCUGUUGCCAAUCUUGCUGGGGUUAACAGCACUUGCUUGGAAAAUCCAGUCACCACCUCUUCAGAUUUGGUUACGCUUUCUCUUCUUCCGUGUCAACCUUCGGUUCCUGCCGUUGCACCCGAAAUCAGUUGCAUGGAACGACGCGGAGAGAAAAAGGUAAUUGAUUUGAAUAUUGUAGCUGAAAUCCCAGAAGAUAAAGACCUCUUGCAGCAACUGCAAGAACCACCUGCUAGCUUAACAAAUGUUAUAGCACCUCAGCCAAUUAGGCCAGUUGGCUCCAGGAUAAGCGUUGGGUGCAUAACAGAAGACCCAAACUUAGCCCCUUCACUGGAACUUCCAAAGAAGCCAGGGGAGGUUGAAGAAGAAGUUGAAUCUGAGGCCUUGCCAGCUGUGAUAUCCGACUCCAACUACAAAGUGAGGCUAGCAAAUUCUGCUUACAAAGAAAUGGUGGGUCAACCAGAAUGUUUAUGGCUCGACUCGAUGAUCACAGGUGAUGGUCGGUUCGUGGGUGGCUCAUGCAAAAGGAUUUGUGGAGAAGUUAUGCUGAAUCUUGAUGGUUCAAGAGUGCCAGUUUCAUCAAAUGGGUUCUCAUGCUGGGUGAGAAUAGAGUGGGGACAUGAAGGGAAGAAGAAAGCAAUCAAUUCUUUUUGUGAUGUUAUCAGAUUGUCCUGCGAGUCGAAGGAUUAUCUCUACAUUUGGAGGUUCCACACUCAAAGCAGGGAGGUUCUCAAACCGGCAGGACCACCACCGCCACCAAUGUCUGAAUAUUCAACUGUGCACUAGAAAAGCUCCUUAUUUUCUACCUUGUAUACAUAUUAAGACAUCAAGUAAUGUACAGUAUGACAUCAAGUGAUGCAUAGUUUUCUUUAGCUUUUCAGUUAAAAGUCAAGAUGUUUAUAAGAUAUUUGGUUCUCUUGUCCCUCUCUUGGGGCAACGGUUGGUUUCGGUUGUUGUCUGUUGUUGUAUGUCAGAAAUCUCACGCAGCAAAGAGAAUUUUAUAUACA